AUUUCCCGGGAUCCCUGGACCUGCUCUGGCCCAGCCCCCGCCCAGCACUGGCAGGGGAGGGAGGUGACAGGCUGUCGGUCUGUCGAGAGGAAAUUCCCCUGGAACCUGUUUCUCGGCUUCCUGGCCAGCUGGGGCGCCCGCUGGGAGGAGAGGCGGGCGGAGACCCGGGCCGACAUGGCCUCGGCCCUGAGCCCACCCCGGCUCCCCAAGCCCAAGGGCAUCCAGCCUUCACACUACUAUGAGGGCUUUCUGGAGAAAAGGGGACCCCGUGACCAGGAUUACAGGAAGUUCUGGGCAGGUCUCCAGGGUCUCACCAUCUAUUUCUACGGUAGCAAUCGGGACUUCCAGCACCUGGAGAAGCUGGACUUGAGAACAUUUGUGAAACUCACAGAUGAAGCUCCCUGGGGAGGCUCACGUGACCCUGGCAUCCACUUCAGCCUGGUCCUCCGGGAUCAGGAGGUCAAGUUCAAGGUGGAGAGUCUGGAGUCCCGCGAGAUGUGGAAAGGCUUUAUCCUAACGGUGGUGGAGCUCCGUGUCCCAUCCACGCUGACCCUGCUGCCAGGACACCUGUACAUGAUGGCUGAGGUCCUCACCAAAGAGGAGGCGCGCCGCUCCCUGGAGUUGCCACCGUGCUUUCUGAAGGUGAGCCGGCUGGAGGCCCAGCUGCUCCUGGAGCGCUACCCCGAGUGCGGAAACCUGCUGCUGCGGCCCAGCGGGGACGGCAAGGACGGCGUGUCAGUCACCACGCGACAGACGCUCAGCGGGACGCCGGUGGUCCGGCACUACAAGGUGAAACACGAGGGCGCGAAGUACGUGAUCGACGUGGAGGAUCCGUUCUCCUGCUCCUCACUGGACGCAGUGGUCAACUAUUUCGUGUCGCACACCAACAAGGCCUUGGUGCCAUUCCUGCUGGACGACGACUACGAGAAGGUGUUAGGCACCCUCUCUGUUCCAGGCUACGUGGACGCGGAUAAAGAGAACGGCGAGAGUGUGUGGAUGGCGCCCUCCGCCUCUGACCCCGACCCAGGCCCUGCGCCCCCUGCAGAUGGCCCCAAGUCACUGCCUUCUGCAGCGUCCAGCCAGGACAAACUGCCCCCACUGCCUCCCCUGCCCCGGCUCCCGAGCCAGGAUGACAACUAUGUGACCCCCAUUGGAGAUGACCCGGCGGCUGCGGACUACGUGAACCAGGAUGUGUCUUCCUCUGGCCGGCCGGUCAUCCCAAAGCCCAAGAAGUUGGUGAAGGCUCCAGCAAAGCCUCCGAAGCCACCCACUGUGCCCAAGCCAGAGCCCAAGGGCAACAACAAGCCACUGGUCAGGAAGUUAGUGGGUGGCUCACCCCAGGCUGUCCUCCUUGCAACAAAUGUGACGGCAGAGCUGGCGGAAAAGCUGCAGAAGAGGCGGGCCCUGGAGCAGUGAGCAGAUCGCCGUGGGACCGAGGGCUUUGGCCAGGGCACCGCAUGCUAUCUGCUCUCCCAGGAUUAAAACUUUAGUGAGCCCAAGGCCCCGUGUUUGGCUUGCC